GACAUCACAUUGAAAGCUCUCUGUUCUCGAAUCUUCCAAAUUUAUCCAAUAGUUUUGCGGUGUGUUGCGCCUUGUGGACGCUGAUUUUUCAGUUAUUCACGAGCGUAAUUGGCCUGAGCGUCACGGCAAUUGCAGUGCGUGUGUGCGGAGUAGCGGAAGAGUGUGUUUUUUGGCGAUAUAUUGAGAGCACAGUGGCGAGAACGCAGUGAGAAAAGAUGUCUGUGAUCGGUAUCGAUUUGGGGAAUGAGUCGUGUUAUGUGGCCGCCGCAAAGGCCGGCGGUAUUGAGACUCUGGCCAACGAUUACAGCCUCAGGGCCACUCCAUCUUGUGUCGCUUUUGCUGGAAAGAAGCGAAUAUUGGGAGUGGCGGCGAAGAAUCAAAUGGUGACGAACUUGAAGAACACGAUUUUUGGCUUCAAGAGGCUUUUGGGGCGCAAAUUCAACGAUCCACACGUGCAGAAUGAGCUGAAGAAGUUGCCUUUCCGCGUGGAAUCGCUGCAGAACAACUCGAUUGGCAUUCGCGUGAACUAUUUGGACAAGGAGCACGUGUUCACGCCUGAGCAGAUCCUCGCCAUGCUCUUCACCAAGCUCAAGGAGACGUCCACGAGCGCCUUGGGCGGCGCCCAGGUGAAUGACUGCGUCAUCGCCGUGCCGUGGUACUUCACGAAUGCUGAGCGCAAGGCGUUGCUCGAUGCCGCGGCGAUUGCGGGCCUCAAUGUGCUGCGCCUGCUGAACGAGACGACAGCCACGGCACUCUCGUACGGCUUCUACAAGCAGGAUCUGCCGGUGCCUGAGGAGAAGUCGCGCUACGUGGCGUUCGUGGACUGCGGCCACGCGUCGCUGCAAGUCUCGAUUUGUGCAUUCAACAAGGGAAAGCUGCGAAUGGUGACGAGUGCGUGCGAGCAGAUUGGCGGACGUGAUUUCGAUGAGAUCCUGGCAAAUCACUUCAGCGAGGAGUUCAUUUCCAAGUACAAAAUUGAUCCGCGCACGAACGCGAGGGCGUACUUGAGACUCCUGGCCGAAGUGGAGAAGCUGAAGAAGCAGAUGUCGGCCAACAGCACACUUCUGCCAUUCAACAUUGAGUGCUUUAUGAAUGACAUUGAUGUGUCGUCGAAAUUGCAGAGAUCCAGUUUUGAGGACAUGUCUGGGCAUCUUUUCAAGCGCAUUGAGGAGACGAUGAGGAAGUGUCUCAAGGAUUCAAAACUUCAGCUGGAUGACAUCCACUCGGUUGAGAUUGUUGGCGGCAGCACGCGAAUUCCGGCCAUCAAGUCGAGCAUUGAGAAGGUGUUCGGCAAGCAGGCUAGCACGACACUGAAUCAGGACGAGGCUGUGUCACGUGGUGCGGCACUUCAGUGUGCGAUCAUGUCGCCGGCCGUUCGCGUGCGUGACUUCAAGGUGCAGGACAUCCAGAAUUAUCCGGUGCACGUGAGCUGGGAUGGCGAUCCGAAUAUGGAGAAUCGCAUGGAAGUGUUUCCGGCCCUGCACGCGGCGCCUUUCUCGCGCAUGUUGACGCUGUUCCGCCGCGAGGCAUUUGCCAUGGAGAUCUACUAUGGUGACGCGCCUUAUCCCGAUCACUACAUCGGGCGCUGGGUGAUUCGUGACAUAAAGCCCAACAGCGCUGGGGAAUCUCAGGAGGUGAAGGUGAAGAUUCGCAUCAAUCAAAAUGGCAUUAUUUCCAUCACGAGUGCCACGUUGACGGAGAAGAAGGAUCCGAGUGAGGCCAGUGAGGCGAGUCCGGACAACAGUGCUGAGGCGCAGCAGGAGCAGAAGCAGCAAUCGCCGCAGAAUCAGGAGGAGAUGGACGUCACGCCUGAGGAUUGCAGUGACAAUGAGGAUGAGAAGUGUGAUGCGAGAGACAUGAGAUCGCCAUCGGCAUCAGGACCAGGGUGGGCGCAGCGGGUAAAAGGAUGGUUUACCUCGGAUAACAGUGGAGAAGGGAAGAAGGAGAAGAAGAAGUCCGGCAUUAAAAUUGUGGAACUUCCUAUUGAUGUGCAGACUCAUGGAUUCUCAUCGACAGACUUGUCUAACUAUGUUCAUCAGGAGAGCAACAUGAUCUCCAAUGAUGUGGACGAGAAGGAGCGAGUGGACGCCAGGAAUGCGCUGGAGGAGUUUGUCUACGAGAUGCGCGACAAGUUGCAGGAGGACGGUCCGCUCAGUGCGUACGUGAUGGCAAACGAGCGCGAGAGUCUCGUGAGUCAGCUGAACAAUCUGGAGAAUUGGUUGUACGAGGAGGGCGAGGAUUGUCCGAAGGAUGUGUAUCGCAACAAGCUGACGGGUCUGCGUGGCAGCAUUGAUCCGAUCAAGGGGCGCUGCGCGGAGUACGAGGCGCAGCCGGGUGCGCUGAAUGAGCUCGGCCAUGCCGUGCAGCUGGCGCACAAGGUGAUCAAUGAGUAUCGCAGUGGUGACGCGAAGUACGAUCAUUUGCUGGAGACGGACAUGCUGAACAUCAGCGAGACGGCGGAGAAGACGCUCAAGUGGCUGGAGGACGCCAGGGCGAAGUUGGUGGUGACGCCGAAGACGAAGGAUCCGCCCGUGAAGAUUCUGGACAUUCAGCACGAGUAUCAGACACUGACGACGUGCGUGAAUUCUGUACUUAGUCGUCCGAAGCCAAAGCCUCAGGCACCGCCGCCGGACAACGGCACGGCGGAGGGCGGCCAGAAUCAUGAACAGCAACAGCAGAAUCACGAGAGCAGUGACGACAAACAAUCGCAUCAGCCAAAACACGCCAACGAGGACACAAUGGACAUAGAUUAGAAUCACCAUGAGAGAAAACACUUACUUGAGGGGAAGAUAAUUGCUUAAUGUCUCUAAAUUAAUUCAAAGUACUUUGGUUUCUUGAUGAUUGAGAUUGAUUGAUUGUGGAGAGUAAUUGAAUUGAUAUGCGUAAUGAAGUGUAAAAAAACACACACAUGAACACAUUUGAAAUAGUUUUCCAGUUCAUCUCUAAUCCUAGUAAUGUUCAUUUCUUUGGUCACACAGAGAAAAAAAAACUCUUAAUAUUCAGUCUGAUGUUCGCAAAUCUAGCAGAAGGGUAGCUUUUUUUGAGAAAAGGA